CUUGUUCCUUUCGGACGGGUUCGGUUGCCACCCAUCGGGCGUUUCGGCAGCUCGGCCGGGGGCUGGCGGUUCGGCUCGGCCGCGUUCGGGUGCGCGGCUGGUGGCGGAGCGCUGCGUGCUGCCUGCUCCGUGUCUCUAGUCUCGCCCCCUCCCGGAGCGCGUCGCCACGAGCUCGGGUGCGCGGCGGUGUCCGCGGGAGCGAACCGGGCUGGACGGACCGCACAGGUGGACGGAGCGCGUGCAGAGGGGGGAAAAGGCACCUUCCUCAAACAGUGGCAAAGCUGCAUGUCAUGUGACCAGCGCUGCACAGCCCGACCUCAAGACUUUCUAUUUUGCGAAUGGUCCACUGGUGGUCCGGUUCGGAGAACGCACCUUAUCGCAGGAUUCAGCAGGCCACCGCUGAACCCACCGCUGGACUGCCGGAACCCCUGCACACCGCAGCACUGGGAAAUGCCUCAGCCGGACGUGAAUGGGAUGGAACCAGUAUUUGGUGAAGCCUAUGGAACCCACAGGUGCCACCUCACCCCGCACCCACUGGCACUCUCUCCCAUAGGGGGCUGGACAGACUGUGACCAGAAUGUCGUUCUGAUGCUGAGCUCCCCAUCGAUACCCCGGAAGCGGCCCUUUGAGCUGUUGAGCGACCUGGUGGACGACGGGUUCGCCGAAGACCUGCGCCACGAGCUCUGGGACGUCUCUGCGCUGGAUGAACUCACCUGCUACACUAAGGGGAGUCUGGAGGGAGAGCUCACCAGCUCAGAUGGAGUGCUCAUGGGGAAAUGGGGCAACAGGGAAGACCAGGUGGAGCAGCGGCUGGGGCUCAAGGUAGCCAGGGAGGAGGGGAGUCCUGAAGCUGGUCCUGCUGUGCCAGCCAGGGCUGCUGGAAAGGAGCCUACCUUGAAACCAGCAAUGGUGGAGGUGGUAGCCAUUGACACUGUGGAGGUGAUAGAUGUCAGACAAGCGGAGCCGGAAGAGCAGCAGGAGCAACGGGAGGAGGAAGCCCAGGGUGAGGAGGUGGUAGAAGCGGCUUCAGUGCCUCCCUUCCUGGAGCUGCGUAGCGAGGAGCACAACUACUCCCUGCAGGGUGAACGGCCCUCUGGAUCGAGCCAGGGCUCUGACUGUGAGACAGCUGACAGUGAGGAAGAUGAUGAUGAUGUUGAUGAUGACGACGAGGAGGAGGAGGACGAGGAGGAAGAGGAGGUGGAGGUGGAAGGAAUAGCGCAGCCUGGGGAGCAGAGCUCCUCUGGAGCAGAAUGUGACAGCCGCGUGGGUGAGAAGCCGGCAAAGCGCAGGUGCUUCUGGGAGUACAGACACGCACACAGCCAUGACGCAGGACGUAAGAAGGUUGGGGUCCGGUGGCCGCUGUCCUGGAGCUCCAGCACCCUGCCUAGCACCUUGUACCGCAGAGAGGGGGCACCGGGAAAGAAAGGACGCCGUAAGGCCCGCAAGACAGAUGCCAGCGACUUGACCCCCAAUCCGCAGAAACUGUGUAGCAUCGGGGAGCAGCUGCAGAAGCUCAACAUGGCCAUCGACGGUAUGGGACCGGUGAACGAGUUGCCCGUUGUGGCCCGGGCACGCUCCCGCAAGGAGAAGAACAAGCUGGCCUCCAGGGCCUGUCGCCUGAAGAAGAAAGCCCAGCAUGAGGCCAACAAGAUCAAGCUGUGGGGACUAAACCAGGAGUAUGACAACCUGCUGGGGGCGCUGUUGCGGAUCAAGGAAGUGAUCCGACAGAGAGUGGAGAACAGCGAGGACAGUGGCGAAGUAGGGAUGACGAAGAAGCUGGAGGACAUACUGAAGGAGUCUUCUGGUCCCCUGGUGGCGGGACGGACCAGAGAGUUUGUGGAGAGGAUCUUGGAGUGCAGUGCUGGGGGGCAGCUUGCUGGCCAUGCCGAGGAAGGGAGCCCCUAAGUGCCCUCGCUCUCUAGCUCCCCCAGAUUCCUCCCACCCCCCCUUCUACUGCCAGCUUCCACUGUGUGUGUACCUGUGUGUGGGGAGGGGGACGUCAUCCAAAAGAAUGUGGUUUCAUUUGUGAUUUCUCCUGAACUUGAGUAGCAGUGUACAUAACCUUUUUACAUGGGCUGCUCACCGCAAGCUAGCUGCUACAGUUCUGUAUGUAUGUGUGUGUGAGAAAGUGUGUCUGUGGUCAAAUGAGAGCAACCAUGUGUGCGCGAGUGGUUGGUUACUCUCCCUCCCCCCCCCACCCCUGCCUUUAUCCUGAGUAUAUUUUUAUCCCGUUGUGCCUAAAAUAGACAGUGCUCAUUGUAGUUGUUGGUGGAGGUGUGUGUGUGUGUGUGUGUGUGUGUGUGUGCGUGCGUGCUGGGCGGGGGGGAGAAUAAUUGGAGAAUGUGCAACGAGAAGCUGUAUCAGGCGGAAUAUUUGCGACCGGAAAAAUUGUGAAAUUGGUGCUUUUAUAAAUAGUCGCCGUUAAUGAGCACUUUAUUAAAAACGUAAACGCGUUUUAAAAUAACGGAAAUCACCAGAGUACAUGCUGAGACAGCAGACAGAUUAUCGCUAUGAAUUAACGGUAAAUGGUCCAAAGAGAUGUCAAAAUUCAGUUUCUCUCAAAUCUGCCCACUUUGUGCAAAAGGGAUCCAUUUCAAUGCCUUUCCUGAAGCCUUUGGCGAUCUAAUGUGAAUUCAGACUGCAAGUACUGGAGUGUUCAGCUAAUAAGAAAAAUGUGAAGAGGUUCACGCUGCGCUGUGUGAAGGCAGCCCAGUGUUCGUACCGGGGACUGGGGGUCAUGGGUAGAAAACGCACUUGAUUGUAGAGCUCAUUGAAAUUGGGAUCGUCCACAGAUGCCACAGCAGUUUGGCCUUGGUCACACGCAGUGACCAAUAACCAUGCACCUUUUCUUGGGAUGUCUGCUGAGAAUCAGGGCAAUAGUUGAUAUUACAGUUGAUGACAAUAAGUUGUGGUAACCUCAGUGAACGGGAAAGGACCGUUGUACUGGGGCAAACUGUAAGCCCAGGGAGCAGGUUGUCCUUGGCGCGGCUCAUCGCUCCCUAUUUUUGCCAUCGUACCAUUCCUUGUCUCAAGAUGCAGUGGGUUCGACUCCGCCGCUGCAGCGUCUCGGGUGCUUUCCUGCAAUGCCUUCUAGAAGUGCCUGGAGUUACAGUCGUGCCCGUGGUCUGGCUACUCGGCGCCCGUUCCGUGAGUAAGAUAGAUGUGGCGCUGGACUGUACACGCCCAGCAGCAGAUCACAGCUCCUUCCAGCUCUAAACACAUGCCGUCCCUGGAGGGGCAAACAAACGAUGAGACAGAACAAGCAACCCCUUGCUGAGCAAUAAAGCCAACUACUGCUUGUCUUAUGGCUGGAAAGGAAUCACAGCAAAUCUAACUGGAGAUCAAAAAUUCUCACAGAGGUGACGAUACCAAAGAUGACAACAUCUAAAGAAGAGAACGUAAAGAGGAAAGGCCGAGAACCAUUCACUGUUGGAGAUGUUUGUCGGGAAAACAUCAUGCUGUAUUUUUUUAAUGCAAUUGCUUCCCAGUCCAUGAGGUGGACACAAGAUAUGGUUUCCUGUUAUGCAUAUUUCCGAUGGCCUGGUUCAGUCUGUAAAGCUCUCCCAUCUUACAGAACAGUGGCGUUUCAGACCCACUGUCUAAAACCUGGAUCCGAAUAUGCAAAAAUGAGAGGGAUGUCAACAACCUUAUGGUGGUGGCAACACAA